AUGGAUAGUCAAGCCAAGGAUGAAUGUAAAAUAGAUGAAGUGACAAUAACUACAAAGAAAGAUCUUAAAUGUGAGAUUUGUCACAGGAUGUUUGGCUCUAAACAAGGAUUGGAUUAUCAUGUCAAGAAUCACUCUGGAGAAAAACCUUUUGAAUGUAAAAUAUGCUCCAAAUUUUUUACAGUAAAGCAAAGUCUGAAAUAUCAUAUGUCCCAUAUACACAACAAUUAUGAACAACAUAAUAAUGGGAGUAAAUCCAGCAAUAAAUGUGAAAUAUGCUCAAAGUGUUUUACAUCAAAACAAAGACUGAAAUAUCAUAUGGUACAUGUGCAUAAGAUUUCUGAGCAACAUUAUGGUGGGAGUGAAUUCAGCAAUCAAUGUGAAAUAUGCUCAAAGUGUUUCACAGUAAAGCAAAGCCUGAGUUACCAUAUGUUACAUGUACAUAAGAUUUCUCUAAAAUAUAAUAAUAGGAAUGAACGCAAUAAAUGUGAUUUAUGUCCCAAAUCAUACAAAUUCAGAAGUCACUUAUUAAAUCACAUGAAAUUGCACACAGGUAGAUUGAAAGGACAUGGAAUCAAAAGAAAUACAAAUGACAAACAAGCUAGGAAUAUGAAAGAAAAUGAAGAAAUAAGUCCAAUAUAUUCAGCCAAGGCAUCUGAAACAAAAAUAAAGCCAUAUCAAUGUAAGAUUUGUCAUAAAAGGUUUAAAUACGAAAAUGUGCUGCCACUUCACAUGAGAAGACAUCAUAAUACCCUCACAGAUGAGUCUGAAAGAACACACCAUACACCAACAGAUGAAUUUGAUAGAACACAUGAUACACUCACAGAUAAAUCUGUAAGAUCACAUGAUACACUCAAUGAUAAAUAUGACAGAAAAAGUGGAACACUCACAGAUAAAUCUUGUAGAACACACGAUACACUCACAGAUAAAUCUGGUAGAACACAUGAUACACUCACAGAUAAAUCUGAUAGAACACAUGAUACACUCACAGAUAAAUAUGACAGAAAAAGUGGAACACUCACAGAUAAAUCUUGUAGAACACACGAUACACUCACAGAUAAAUCUGGUAGAACACAUGAUACACUCACAGAUAAAUCUGAUAGAACACAUGAUACACUCACAGAUAAAUCUUGUAGAACACACAAUACACUCACAGAUAAAUCUGGUAGAACAGAUGAUACACUCACAGAUAAAUCUGGUAGAACACAUGAUACACUCACAGAUAAAUCUGAUAGAACACAUGAAACACUCACAGAUAAUUAUGACAGAAAAAGCGGAACACUCACAGAUAAGUCUGGUAGAACACAUGAUACACUUAAAGAUACAAAAAGUGGAGAUGAUUACACUUCACAAAGUGAGACUUAUAAACAUCAGAAAAUUGAAAAUAGUUGUAAUCUCCCUCUAAAUGUUGAAAAUACAUAUGGUGCUUUAGACAUUAUGGCUGAUAAGAUAAACCUCCAAAUACCACCCUGUAUGCAAAUUACAACAUGUCCAGUGUGCAAGAAGACAUUAAGUAACAAAAGUGUACUAAAGUGUCACAUGCGAGUCCAUACAGGUGAAAAACCUUAUGAGUGUAGCAUUUGUUUACGGAAGUUUACAUUCAAGCAAGUUCUUAUCCAUCAUUUAAGAACUCACACUGGUGAAAAACCCUUUGAGUGUAAUUUAUGUUUACAAAGAUUUGGUAGAAAGUUUGCACUGGAUAAUCACAUCAGAAUUCAUACAGCAGCUGAAGAUCGCUACAAAUGUUUGUUUUGUUACAGAGAGUUUGCGCAGAAACAGUCUCUGAUUGUACAUGCAUAUAAAUGUGGUACUUUUAAACGUAGAGUUGGUAAACCUAUGAAGAACUAUUUUCGAGAAUAUGGUACUUUAGCAAGUCAAAGGGCAUCAGGUGAAAAUGCUAAAACAUUUGAACCUCAACAUAGAAGUGACACAUCGAUUCGUUGCGAUUUAUGUCGCGAAGAAUUCACAUCCUCUGAUAUGCUAUUAAAUCACAUGUCUAUGCAGCACUCAGAUCUUAACACAAACCCAUAUUCUAGUCUUGCCUCAAGUCUCUUGUCCCUUCCAUCUUAUCCACUUUAACACCAGAGGCUUGUGUGCAUUGACUAUGUACAGGUGUUACAUCUGGGAUGAUUAACACAAGAGGCUUGUGGGCAUUGGCUAUGUACAUGUGCUAGAUCUGGCAUCAUUAACACAAGAGGCUUGUGUGCAUUGGCUAUGUGUAGGUGCUAGAUCUGGGAUCAUUUACACAA